AUGAAUAAUGCAACUGUUUUGGAGAAUUAUUUCACCUUACUUACGUGUAUGUUCACGCUUCCUCACAGGUCAAAUAUUUGAUUUCAAUUGUAUUUCAGCAACAGGUAGAAGAUUGCUGAAGUAGUAUUUGAUACCAAUAAAAAUCAUUGAAAGGACUUUAUUUGAAGAUAGUGUAUGUCGAGACGAUUCAUUGCUUGUGCAUACAAAAAACGAUACAAUAAGUGCCUGCGCAGCUCAACUACUCAAAGAUCUGACCAUCAAGAAAGUACGGAGGAAGCCAUUAUCGAAACUUGAAGUCGAAAAUUUCGCUUCAUCAGGUCUUGCAAGGUCACGAAACAAAAUCAGUGUUGAAUACUUCUUUAUUGUCAAGGGGACGAUUCAUCUUCGAAAAUUUUAUGAUAGAAAGAACUGUUUUAUGAAUAAUCCGUGUAAAAUCAUCAUUAUUUUUCACCAUCGCCGGCCACCCUAG